AUGUCGGAUGGCAACAAGAAUCCAUCUAUUGAGGACCGGAUCGAAAAGCUCCAGCAGGAGCUCGCUGAUGCUCGAGCGCAGCUGAAAUCGCAAUCGUCGUCGUCAGAUAUCGUCAAUGUUGAGAAUGCCUUACUCAACAACGUAGGACCCUUCGAUGUAUCAAAAUUUCCAUCGCACCACCUGCUACACUUGACAGAUACAGCACUUCCUCUCGGCUCUUUCGCAUUCAGCAGUGGACUCGAGUCCUAUCUUGGGCAUCAUCCACCCGCUCACAAUGCCAAGCCCAAUACACUCCCCCACUUCCUACAUACGAGCCUGACCUCAGUAGCUUCCACCACCCUGCCGUAUCUGAUCGCCGCGUUCAGGCACCCUCAACGCUUGCAAGAGCUUGAUGAUUCACUCGACGCAUGUAUACUCUGCCCAGUCACCAAACGGGCCAGUGUGAGCCAAGGACGGGCACUGGUAACGAUAUGGGAGCGGUCGCUGAGGGCCGAAGCAGGGAAUAGCGCGGCGAAACAGACGCUGCGAGAUUUCAGUAUAGCCUUAAAGGCGCCCACGGAUGCUAAAAAUAGGGAGGUCGAGUUGUAUGCGCACUUUCCGCUCAUCUAUGCGGCUGUGUGUGCUGCGCAAGACUUGAGCUUGCAUGAGACAGCAUAUACGUAUCUGUUCAACCACGCUAAAGCGGUCAUGAGUGCCGCGGUGAGGGCAAGCGUGCUGGGCCCGUAUGCGGCGCAGAGCCUGCUUGCUUCGUUGUGGUUGAGAGGUGAGAUUGAACAGGUAAUGGCGAGAGAGUGGGGAAGAGAGGUGAAGGAGGCUGCACAAGCUGUUCCUGCGCUGGAUGUCUGGGUCGGGAGGCAUGAAUUGCUUUAUUCGCGGAUCUUCAACUCGUGA